AUGCGUGGCCGUCGCCCUAGCCCUGGCAAGGAGGGUGCGAUAGACGGGGCAGCACUUGCGAGUGCCGCGUGCGUACAAGUCUCCAUCGAGGCUGUUGGUCCCGCCGGAAGCGAUGAACGCCCUAGCACAACCGUGAGAGCCUAUGUCUGGCAACGGAGGAUUGGCCUGUUUCUGCCGACAAAAGUGGACUUGAGCGAGGGAGGCGUGCUCGGUCGACCAGCUACGCUAUGCCCUAUCCGGCUGCAGUGCGCGACGAGGCAGGGAUCAGCGGUGCGGUUUCUCACCGCCGAGCACUUGGAGGAAUACAUCGCAAUGGAGACCAAUGUCAAAUCUGAAAACUUUCGCUGCUUCUGCUCUGACUGGAUAUUUUCUACGCACCUGGUCGAGUGCACACUGUGCCGCCACCGAAUGCACGUGGAGUGCGCAAACGAGUGGUUUGCUCGGCGAGGCCAACGGAGCUGUCCGUUCUGCCGUCAAUCCGACGCCGACGGCACGCUCCUGAUUCGGCGAGCCAACAAGCCCGUCGAAUUUACAGAGCUCCGUCACGAGACCUGCGCACCCAGGAGAGGCGGGAGAGAGGGCGCGGCGAGAGAAGACGCCUGA